GGUGAGAUCAGGUUCCACUUCCCCACGCAAUUACUAAACUAUUUAUUGUGGUCCCAUACUGGCAGUGCGCGAACCUGUCAUGGUUCAGACACUGUCCGCGUUUCUCACGAAUAGCAUUUUUUUGUCCUUAUCCCUGCAUUUGUCAUGCAAUUUUCAAUUUAUGUAUCACCGGACACUUGCCUACAUAGACUCAGAGAGCGAGAGAGAGAGAGAGAGAGAAAUGGCGGAUGCAGAUGCAAAUAGAAGCAGUGGGGGAGAGAAACAGAAUAGAUGGUCUCUUGAGGGAAUGACUGCUCUAGUCACCGGCGGAAGCAAAGGAAUCGGGCAGGCAGUGGUGGAGGAGCUGGCGGGGCUGGGGGCGGCGGUGCACACCUGCUGCCGCAACGAAGCAGAGCUGAACGCAUGCCUCCACCAAUGGAAGCAGAAGGGCUUCGCGGUCACCGGCUCCGUCUGCGAUGUCUCGUCUCCGGCCCAACGCCACAAGCUCAUGGAGACCGCCUCUUCCUUGUUCCGCGGCAACCUCAACAUUCUAAUAAACAACGUGGGAAAGUACCUUAAAAAGCCAACCGAGGAGUUUACAGCAGAAGACAUUUCAACUAUAAUGUCUACCAACUUUGAGUCUGCCUAUCAUCUCUCCCAACUCGCCCAUCCUCUGUUGAAGGCAUCCGGUGCAGGGUGCAUUGUCUUUGUGUCUUCUAUUGCUGGUCUUGUUGCUGUAGAUUUUGGUUCCAUUUACGGAGCAAGCAAAGGAGCAAUGAACCAACUAGCAAGGAAUUUGGCAUGCGAGUGGGCGAAGGACAAUAUCAGGAGCAACACAGUCACGCCUGGGCUCAUCGAAACUCCCCUUGUUGAGCCUGUGUUCGCUGAACCAAAAAUUUUGAAUGGAAUUAUUGCUCGAAAGCCUCUCAGACGUCCUGGACAACCAAAUGAGGUUUCAUCAUUGGUGGCAUUUCUGUGUCUCCCUGCCUCCUCUUAUAUAACUGGACAAACUAUUUCUGUUGAUGGAGGAUUGAGUGUGAAUGGCUUCUUUCCAGAAAUGUAAUUCCAGUGAAACAAAACAAUUUCCUUCUUACAAUAAUGUUUGUUUUACGAGAUGCACUCAAAUUAAUGUUCAUUCUUAUUUUUCUUUA